AUGUCGACAAGACAGCUUCGCAAGCUGCAGAAGCAGAGAGAGCUAGAGGCAAAGGCUGCGCAAGAGUCUGAAGGCAGCGAUGGCGAUGCCAGCAAUGACGAAAUUGCUCCUGUAGUGGCAAAACCUCGGGCCAAUCUGUUUGCUGCGCUCGGAGGCGACGAUGGUGACGGUGGUGAUGAGAGCGAAGAGGUAGAGCAAGAAGCAAAAGCUCCGGUAUCGCCUGUGGAAGAGCCAGCUGCUCCAGCUGCUGCGCGGAAGAGCAAAAAGAAGAAGAAGAAGAGCAAGAAAAAUAAGGCGGCGGCUCAGGCCCAGGACGCUGAGCAUAGCGAAGAUGAUGAGAUUGACCGAGCAAUCAGAGAGUUGAAAAUCGAGCCGCGGGUUCAGGAUGGGUCAUCUCAGGACAAUGGUUCAGCGCUCAACAACAUUCUGAAAAUCAAUCCGUAUAACCUCAAAGUGGCCAAUGAGAUGCGAAACCUAUUCGGCCGGGACAUCAUUGAGUCGGCAGCGGUGGAUGAGGAGGAGCAGCGCCGCGGGACACGCCGAAGGAAUAUGCCGCAGCAGAUGGACAUUGAGACUUUCCUCAAGUGGCCGACGGAUGGCCGCAAGCUGCCUGAGAGCUCUCGGAAGCGCAACGUCUUCAUCCAUGGAAGAGACCACUGGCCGCUGAGGCCGACUGGAGGCCUGUCUAUGAAAGAGCUUGGCAAGACUGCUGAUGGGACUGGAGUGGAAUACACUUUCGUGCACAACAAGGACUACGACGACGUCCAGACCAUGUUUUUCGUACAGGUGCAGAUGGGAGACCCCAUGAGGAUGGUGUACUUGCUCAAAAGAUUUCCCUACCAUGUCUCUACUCUACUCCAAGUGAGCAGCGUUGCAAAGCAGGACCAGAACAUGGCCCUCUCUGCAGAGCUUUGUGAGCGCGCCUUGUUCAGCUUUGGCCGAGUGGCGCUCUCGUCAUUCAAGCAAAAUCUCGAGCAUGGAAUGGCUCGCUUGGAUUUCAGAAGGCCGGAGAACCGCCAGUUCUGGCUCGCCGGAUACCACUACAUAAAAAGCCUCAUCAGGAAGGGAACUUAUAAGACUGCACUGGAGUGGGCGAAGCUGCUCUACUCCCUGGACCGUAGCGAUCCUUAUGCGAUGAGGCAUAUGAUUCACUCUCUGGCUCUCAAGGCACACGAAUCGGAUUGGCUCCUUGAUUUCUUGGGCCAAUUAGACACGAAAGGCGAGAGAGAAGACUCCGCAUACCUUAUGCAGAGUCGAGUAUUGGCGAGACUACAGGUUGGCGAUGCUGAGAAGGCUAGGCAAGAUAUCGUCGAUGGAAUGAAGAAAGUUCCCUGGUUAUACUCGGCUUUAUUCCAAACAUUGAACCUUGACAUCCCACAAUCCAUCUGGGGCGUCAAAGCUGAGGGAGGUGCCCGCCCCUUUUUGACGCAAUUAUACGUGCAUCAAGUAGGAGACUUAUGGAACAGCCCCGAAGCAAAGUCACUCUUGGAGGAUGUAGCCAAGGGCAUCGAUCGGGCAGACAUUGACAAAACAGAGGCUACAAGCGACCUGAAAAUUGACAUGGGCCUCGCCAGAUUAAUCUUCUUAAAUGGGGAGACAUCUCUCAUGGGGCUCUUGCCAUGGGACGUAUUUGACCAGCAGCCCAACUACGAAUUCGAUCCGCUGCCGCCCGCGGAGGAAGACAACAUCUUCACGGCUGAAGGAUGCAGGCUCCCCUGGCGCGAGCGA